AUGGAAAUCGACGCUCGCAUUCCGGUGUACGUGGCCAUGUAUCAGCUGAUGAACAAGCAUUACCAAGAAGAUCGCGAGGACCAGGCCUUCAAAUUGGCGCAUCGUUUAUUGGCGGACUUGGAGUUGCCAGAUUUUGCGAGAGCCAGUUGCCACAUGAUCUUGUCCACUGACGAUGACGAACCGUUCUACCUGGCGCACGCCAAAGAGGCGGAUCGCAUCUACGAGGAGCACUGCCGCUCUCAUUUCUCGGAAGAAGACUUUCCCACUGUCCAGUAUAAAGAGGCUAAGCGUUUGCUGGCGGAGGCUGAGAAUUCGCACAAGGAAGAUAUCACGAAAAAAGAUGCCGAGACUGCCCGCAUUGCUGAUGGUGUGGCCGACAGCCAGCGUUCCAGGCAAGCCGAUAGACGAAGACCUUGA